AUGCAAGCCACCACCCAAUCCGAAAGCGUUCCUACGGAGAAGCGACCGCUGACAAAGAGAGGGAAGAGAAAUCUCGCAAAACAAUUGAAGAAGAAAGAAGAGAGAAUUGCCGCAAAGAAUGAGAAUCGGAGAGAGAAGAGAAAGAAGCAGAAGCAGCAGUUGGAGUCGGCGAAAAGAGAGAAGAGGGAGAGAGAAGUGUUGACGGAGGGGUUAGGAACGUUGGCGAUGGAGGAGAAGAAAGUGAAGAUGAGUGGAGCUAUGUUUGAGGGAUAUCGGGAGCAAAGGGCGGUUGAUGAUGAGGAUGAGGAGGAUGAGGAUGAUUAG